AUGAUCCGUCAGAUCCUCAUCUACCAUCCACCUUCUGCCAGCCUCAGCACCAUGAAAAGAACUUGUCAGUCGCCGGAGCUCCCGAACUCUGGAAUACUGGGUCAUGGAAGUGAACACAAACCUCAGAGAGAAUAUCCAUUCAUGCCAUCUAUUGACUGUCGCCACCAGGUGAACGUCAUUAAAGAUUAUGGGCCCGUUUUGCCAAGAUCCAAAUUUGUAUUUGGAUCUUGCACCUACGACUGUCUCCUGGACGACCCCUUCAAGCACGACUGGCCGCAGCUUCCGGAGCUGCCCGGCAUCAACUACUCCAUGGACGAGCAGUGCCGCUUCGACUUCGGGGUGGGCUACAAGAUCUGCACCUCUUUCCGUACAUUCGACCCAUGCAAGCAGCUUUGGUGCAGUCACCCGGACAACCCUUACUUCUGCAAGACCAAGAAGGGCCCGCCGCUCGACGGGACAGAAUGUGCACCUGGGAAAUGGUGCUACAAAGGCCACUGCAUGUGGAAAAAUCCACACCAGCUCAAGCAAGAUGGCGCCUGGGGCUCCUGGAACAAAUACGGCUCCUGCUCGCGCUCCUGUGGCACCGGAGUACGCAUCCGGACGCGGCAGUGCAACAACCCGGUUCCUUCCAACGGCGGGCAGGACUGCGCGGCGGUGAACUACGAGUAUCAGCUGUGCAACACCCACGACUGCCCCAAGCACUUUGAAGACUUCCGAGCGCAGCAGUGUCAACUCCGCAACUCUCACUUUGAGCUCCACAACGCCAAACACCACUGGCUGCCUUACGAGCAUCCGGACGCUAACAAGAGAUGCCACCUGUACUGCCAGUCGAAGGAGACGGGGGACGUGUCCUACAUGAAACAACUGGUGCAUGAUGGGACGCGCUGCUCCUACAAGGACGCCUACAGCGUCUGCGUCCGCGGGGAGUGUGUGAAAGUUGGCUGUGACAAAGAAAUCGGCUCGAGCAAAGCAGAGGACAAAUGCGGCGUCUGCGGCGGGGACAACUCCCACUGCCGCACCGUCAAAGGGACCUUCACCCGGACGCCUAAAAAAACCGGGAAAACCAGAGGAGCCUUCUCUUUACCCAAAGGAGCUCGGAAUGUGUUUUUGAAUGAAACUGACGACUUGAGAAAUGUGAUGGGCUACCUUAAGAUGUUUCUCGUUCCUCCCGGAGCGAGACACGUGAUCAUCCAAGAACACGAGGCCUCCCCUCAAAUUCUUGCAAUCAAGAACCAAGCGACGGGCCACUACAUCCUCAACGGCAAAGGGGAGGAGGUCCGAUCGAGAAGCUUCAUUGACUUAGGCGUGGAGUGGCACUACAUGGUCGAGGAAGACGUGGAGACGCUGCACACCGACGGACCCCUGCAUGACCCCGUGGUGGUCCUGAUUAUACCUAAGGACAACGAGACCCGCUCCACUCUAAUGUACAAGUACAUCAUCCACGAGGACUCGGUGCCCGUCAACAACAACAAUGUCCUCCAGGAAGACACGUACGAGUGGGCCCUCAAGAGCUGGUCUCCGUGCUCCAAGCCGUGCGGCGGAGGCUUCCAGUACACCAAAUACGGCUGCCGGAAGAAAGGCGACACCAAGAUGGUCCACAGAGGCUACUGCGACGUGGGCAAGAAGCCCAAACCCAUACGUCGGAUGUGCAACCUGCAGGACUGCGCGCAGCCCCAGUGGAUCUCGGACGAGUGGGAACAUUGCACCAAAACCUGCGGCGGCCUGGGCUUUCAGAUCCGGACGGUCCGCUGCCUGCAGUUCCUCCACGACGGAACCAAUCGCUCCAUCCACAGCAAAUACUGCAGCGGGGAGAAGCCUGAGAGCAGGAGGCUCUGCAACCGAGUGGCCUGUCCUUCUCAGUGGAGGACAGGAGCAUGGUCGGAGUGCUCCGUGACCUGUGGCGAGGGCAUGGAGAGGCGUCUCGUCACCUGCCGAGUGGGAGACCACUGCAGCGGAGACAGACCGGAGAACGUGCGAGUUUGCAGACCGGGACUGUGCCACGAUGAACCUUGCCACGGCGACAAGUCCAUCUUCUGCCAGAUGGAGGUUCUGGCCCGCUACUGCUCCAUCCCGGGCUACAACAAGCUGUGCUGCGACUCCUGCAGCAAGCGCGGCGGCGCCGGCGCUCUGUCGCACUUCUCCGAGGCCGCCGGGACGGAGGAGGAGCACAUCCGCUUUGGCUCCGCCUCCCAGCUGCUGGAGACGCUGAUGGCCAACGCCACUCGGGCCGGUAAACAAGGCGCGGCCAAACAAGGCGCGGCCAAACAAGGCGGUGCCAAACAAGGCGGGGCCAAACAAGGCGUGGCCAAACAAGGCGCGGCCAAACAAGGCGCGGCCAAACAAGGCACCAGUAGAUCAGGCGCGGCGGCGAGACGCGUAACCACGCCCGCCCCGUCCAAGAAAACCAAAACGACGACCGCGCCGAGGCGGUUCCCGCGGGACGUCACGGCGAGCUCCGGCAGCUUCACAGAUAGCCGGUGGCCCGCCUCGUACUCCAAAGUGGAGCGAUGAGGGCGGCGCCGUGUUCACGGGACUACACAGACAUUCUGAGUCUUCUCACGCCAACGCCAACAACGACGACGACCACGCCAACAAAGCAGCCGCAUACAGAAGUCAUCCAAGCGCGAGAAACAAAGAGACAAGUGCUGGUUCACUUUGUACACGCCACCUUUGGGCCCGCGCCGACGUCAACGUCACUCGAACGUCUCGCGGCGGGAAAACGACGACACGCCGGGUUUGCCGUGAAAGGCAAACACGCUCAUUUCAAGAUAAAAGGACAAUUAAAGGGAUUUUUUUUUUAUUUCAUCGGUCACACAAAGGCUUCAUUUAAGUCGGGAUCAAACCGUCACGCGGCGCCACUAAACACCCACCGCCGCGCUCGUGGACGACAUUUUGGGCCGACGGACGUGAGGGAGGACGUCAACAGGUGCAAACGCUACGCCUGAUUGGGUUACGCCAUUUGUAUGCACGCACUGCACCAUGGGAGCACGCUCACACACACACACACACACACACACACUCUUGUAUUUGUUACCUUCAUGAGACCUCCGAAAAAUGCCUACCUCUUUGAUUAUAGCAAAAGUCGUCAUUUUACU